ACUGUUUUUAUUGGUUAUAUGUUCUUGUUAACUGAUUGGAUAAAUUCUACCUGUCUUUCUAUCUAUAGUAUAUAUACAUUUAUAAUAUUAUUUUUUAAUAUCUUAGUAAAUCAUUUUGUAUUUUUUUUAUCUAAAAUAACAUGUUCUCUCUUUGUCUUGCCUGUUUUUGUGCAACUUUCUCCUCCGACGUGGGUUUUAUUUUGGUAAUCUAUAACAGGAAGUCAAUUUUUGAGCCAACAUCAAUUUGGAAGUGUAUGUCAAAGUUUCAUUCAUACAAGGCAGAAGAGUGUUUGAUUGUAUCUUAUUAGUCAUGAUGUUUUUUUGUUUUUGGUUUCAUGAGUGGCAAAAAUAAACAAAAAUCGGACAUUUUACAAGAAAAAGUGUCUUUAGGAAGUUUGCUAAAGUCGGCAGUGUUCAAGUCCUUCAAGUUUCACCGUUUUCUGUGGUUUGCAGCCUCUGCGUGACCUGAUCCCAGAGGGAAACGUGGGUUGUGUGGGCGGCAGAGCUCAGGUUCGGACACUGGGAUCCGUGUGUUUUCCUCAGAGUGGGCUCGGUCCAGUGGGAAGGGGGGUUGAUCAGUUCACACGAAUGCUGGCGGCGGGCCGUCUCCUGCCUCCUCACCCCUUCAUUCCUUUUCAUCCCCUGUAUCCUCCUUCUCCGUGUUCCAGGCUGGAGGCUGGACCUGUGUUCAGCCCGGCGGAGCCGCAGCUGCUGCCCCUCUGCGCGUCCAGAGGAUGUCUUGGCCCGCUCUGUACGCUCAGCUGGUGGGGGCCAAUCGUCACUCCACCUCUCUGGGUAAAAUCUGGCUCUCGGUGCUGUUCCUUUUUCGGGUCAUGGUGCUGAUGGUUGCCGCGGAGACCGUCUGGGGGGACGAGCAGUCGGACUUUGUGUGCAACACACUACAGCCCGGCUGUGAAAACGUUUGCUACGAUCAGUUCUUUCCCAUGUCCCACAUUCGCCUGUGGUGCCUUCAGCUCGUCUUUGUCGCCGCGCCAACGCUUCUGGUUUCCAUGUAUGUGGCCUACCGUAACCAAGGCGACAGGAAGAAGCUCCUGCAGAGCUCUGGUAGAACCGGAUUCCUCAGCAGCAAAAACCAAGAGGAAGAGCUAGAAGCCCUGAAGAGGCGCAGACUCCCGAUAACCGGACCUCUGUGGUGGACGUACCUCUUCAGCGUGGCGGCCAAGCUCCUGUUUGAAGUCGGAUUCAUGUACGCCCUGUAUGUGGUCUACGACGGCUUCCGGAUGCCGCGCUUGGUGCAGUGCGACCAGUGGCCUUGUCCAAACCUGGUGGACUGUUUUAUCUCUCGGCCUACAGAGAAGACCAUCUUCACGGUUUUCAUGGCCACCACCUCUUCCAUCUGCAUGGUCCUCAACGGGGCGGAGCUUGCUUACCUCGUGACCAAGGCCAUCGCGAGGAGCCUCUGGCGGCAGAAGGACGAGACGCUAACCAGCAGAGAGAAAUGUGGCGAGGGACAAACGAGAGGUCACCUGGUUCUUUAAGGCACUGCAACUAGAUAAAAAGGCAAAAAAAAAAAAAAAAACUGUAUCGUUUUCUAGGAUAUAGUUUCAGCAGAGAAGCAAUAGUUCAGAAGAAUUUACCUUUGAGUUGUGGGCGGGAUAAUUGGGGCACAGCAACCCCACCCCCUUCCUGUCAUCAACCUGUUUAUCCAUCUGUCCAUUUGAAUAAAGAAAUACUUAGAAAUGCAAUUUUAAGCUCAGUUGUCUUUAAAUAUCUCCUCCAUUAUACGAACAAUUCCACAAGAACGUGUUAAAAAACACAAUUUUCUUCAGAGUGGGGCUUUGACUGUUGCUAUGGUAACACCAUCCCUUCAGUGUUGAGGUAAAAAGUGAAAAAGUCCUCAUCAAUUCAACAAUUUACUUGAGUUUGUGCAGUUGGAGAAUGAGAAUGUGCAAAUACGAAAGCGAGGAGGAGCAUGUUCUGUAGCGUUUGCGCCAUCUAGUGACUGCAAGUGAAAACAACUGGAGAGACAGUUGACUACAGGUGGUUUUUGUUUUGCUUCAAUCUGUUGUCUUUAAAGUUGUCAAUAAAGAAUGUUUAGGACUC